AUGUGCAAAUACAACAGAGGAGUUACUCGCUAUCAGACAGAGAAAGAAACCAUUCAGCCCUGAAUCUCUGGUUGAGAUUUGAAUGAUUUCUUGUUCACGGUCUUAGAUGAACAAUUUAUUUGUUUGAAGUUUUUAUUUUCUUGUGUUGUUUAGAAAAUGACAGAGGCAGAGUUGUACACUGUAUAUAAAGGGAUGUACCUCCCAACGGCUUUGCACCCUCCCGAAAGUCUGAAAUACUAUGAGGACUUCACUUUUCGCCCGGAUGACAUCCUGAUUGUGACUUAUCCUAAAUCUGGUACGACAUGGAUGCAGGAGAUCGUGCCUCUGAUAGUGAGUGAGGGAGAUUUCACUCCUAUACUGACUGUCCCAAACUGGGACAGGGUCCCAUGGCUGGAGGAGCAGCGAGCAAUGUUGCUUAAUCUAGAGGAACGACCCACUCCUCGCAUUUUUGCAACUCACUAUCAUCGGCAAAUGAUGAACCAGUCUUUCUUCAAAAUAAAGCCGAGGGUUCUUUAUGUCUUGAGGGACCCCAAAGACGUGUUCACAUCUUCAUUCCACUACUAUGGGAUGGCCUCAUAUCUGGUGAACCCAGGAACCCAAGAUGAGUUCAUGGAGAAAUUCCUUGAUGGAAAAAUCAUGUUUGGCUCUUGGUUCGAUCACGUGAAAGGGUGGCUGAAUGCUGAGGAACCCACACUGCACAUUUUUUAUGAAGAAAUGAUAGCUGAUUUGAAGGCAUCUGUGGAGAAAAUUGCCCAGUUUCUUGGAAAAUCUUUGAGCGCAGAAGUAAUUGAGAAAAUAGCUGACCAGUGUGUCUUCAAGAACAUGAAGCAAAACAAGAUGUCCAACUAUUCUCUGGUUCCACAAGAGUUUAUGGACCAAAAGAAAACUGAAUUUUUGAGAAAGGGAAUUGCUGGUGACUGGAAGAAUCAUUUCUCUGAGGCUCAAGAGCAGCGAUUUAAUGCUGUGUACAAAGACAAAAUGAAAGAUGUGAAAUUUAAAUUUAUGUGGGACUGAAAUAAAUUAUUUAUUCUUACCUGCUAAACAUA